GUACAUUCAAACAACUAACCUUACAUUUGCAACUGUCAUCGAUAUAUGAGUAAACGAAAUUAGAAAUAAACGAAACUAAUUGUUAUUUGUUAACAAUGGGAGAUAUUCUGAAAGAAAGACGUGAAAAAUCGCGCAAACGAAAACAAUUAUUAGCACAAACUCUCGGUGUUUCAGGGGCAGAAGAACUUCGUGAAAUUUUAGGAACUGAUACUGGUACAACUAAGAAAAAAAAUCCUGGAGCUUCAUCUUCCCAAGAAGAAGUGAAAUAUGAUUACAAAAAGGAUACCCCCGACGAAUUAGUUUAUAGAGAUUCUUCUACAUUUUUGAAGGGUACUCAAUCAUCAAAUCCACAUAAUGACUAUUGCCAGCAUUUUGUCGAUACAGGACAGAGACCUCAAAAUUUCAUAAGAGAUGUAGGUUUAGCUGAUCGAUUCGAAGAAUAUCCCAAAUUACGUGAACUAAUUAAGCUCAAAGAUGAAUUGAUUGCCCAAACUGCAACUCCGCCUAUGUAUCUUAAGGCUGAUCUUUCAACGUAUGAUUUGAAAAAUUUGAACAGUAAAUUUGAUGUGAUUCUUAUAGAACCGCCCUUAGAAGAAUAUCAAAGAUCAAUGGGUGCAACUAACAUGCAAUUUUGGACAUGGGAUCAGAUCAUGAAUCUCGACAUUGGUGAAAUUGCUGCCCAGAGAAGUUUUGUUUUUUUGUGGUGUGGAAGUUCUGAAGGCUUGGAUAUGGGUAGAGUUUGUUUGAGAAAAUGGGGAUUUAGAAGGUGUGAAGAUAUUAGUUGGAUCAGAACGAAUAUAAAAAAUCCAGGACACUCGAAAAAUAUUGAACCUAAGGCCGUAUUUCAGAGAACGAAAGAACAUUGUUUGAUGGGAAUAAAAGGGACUGUUAGGAGAUCAACAGAUGGAGAUUUUAUACAUGCUAACGUGGAUAUUGAUUUGAUUAUAUCUGAAGAAAAUGAAUAUGGGAUUUUGGAAAAACCAGUAGAAAUAUUUCACAUAAUCGAGCAUUUCUGUUUAGGUAGAAGACGACUCCAUUUAUUUGGCAGAGACAGCACCAUAAGACCUGGUUGGAUAACCGUUGGACCUGAUCUGACCAAUUCGAAUUUCAACGUUGAAUUAUACAGUUCCUCCUUCACACCAACAACUCUAACUACUGGUUGCACAGAAAGAAUUGAGGCGCUCAGGCCAAAAAGCCCACCUGCUAAAAAUAAAGGAAAUUCAGGAAAUAGAGGACGUGGUAAUUUUCAGAGAGGUCGUGGUAGAGGACGAUGAUAAAUGCCAUCCAAGUAUGGAAGAAAUGUGGAUGCAAAAUACAAAUUUAUUUUCAUUAUUUUCUUCUUGUAUCACUAUCUGAACUAAAUAUUUCCAAGUCGUAAUAAUCUGGAUGGAAUUUUUUUUUGUGAAAGUUGAUCUUGACCUAAUUAUUAAUGAAGUUGUAAUUAAUAAUAAUAUUAAUAAAGUUGAGUACUCAUUUUA